AUGUCAAAACAAAUGUCGCUCAAGGAUUUUGAUUAUCCCUGCAAGUACAAGGCUGACACGACAAGUAAAUACUUUAGUGAAGAAUUGCCUGAUGUCAUGUUUGAUCAGUUAUGGCAACAACUGAAAGGUGCAGCUGUUAUGACAUUAACCAAGUAUGACCCGACACAUGCAGACGUCUACAAGGGAAUGUUAGCCAAAGGUGAUUCCUUGUUUGAUCCACAGUUUAAAAGUAUGAUGAAAGAAUACUUUGCCGGGUGUUUUGAUGUUAAAUCUGCAAUGACACAAACGAUCUUUAGAAAUGUUGUUGGGAAGAUUAUGUGUUAUAUGCGCUUUAGCACUGAAAGAGCACUUUACAGUGAAGAACUCUCUAAAGUUGAACUCAAACGUCCUCUUUUCAUCACAUCACUGCCACGAAGUGGCUCUACAUUCCUUCACAAUUUGAUCGCUAACGACCCAAGAGCAAAUGCCAUUCAACUUUUUGAACACAUUUGCCCUGGAAGUCAUACGAUGGCCCACGACGCACGAAUAAAAAUAAUUCAAGAUCUUUUGGACCAAUUCCACAAAAACUCGCUUGAGGACUUCGACGCAGUUCACAACACAGACUCUCCUCUUAACUACGAGGAAGAAGCAUUUUUCAUGGAAAUGCUUGGGCAGUGCUUUGUCAUGUCCUCUUCAAUUCCACGUAUAGAGCAGUACAGAGAGCAUUUAUAUAAUGCAGACUUUCAUUAUGUCUACGAAGCACUUAUUGAUGAAAUUAAGAUGCAUUUGGUAGAAUACCCAAUCACAAGAAAAGACGGGUUUGUCUGUUUAAAGGCAGUCAAUCACUUUGCAUCAAUGGCACCAAUGCUUGACGUCUUGGGUGAUGAGAAGUACGAAGCCAACUUUGUGUGGAUCCACAGAGAGCCAAUUGAGCAGUUGAAAUCGUUCAUUGUUCUUAUGGUUGGCUUGCAAGGCAGAUUUGAGCAUGAUCUGGGAAGAAACGACAUCGAGUGGAUCAAUAAAUCUGCUGUAACAAUCAACGAAAUUGUGUUGAAAAAUAUUAUAGCAACACGAGAUGAGUGGAUCAAAAGAGACCCCAAGAGAGCAGAUAAAAUAAUCGAUGUUGGAUUCAAAGAACUCACAACACAUCCUAAAGAAACUGUACAGAAAAUUUACAAGAAAUUUGGAAUUGACUAUAACGAGGAAAUUGAUAAAGCACUUACAGCUACUAUUGAAGACAAAGACCCACAAAGAACUCAUGGAAGAAAGAAACACAUGGAACACAUCUAUUUGUUUGAUGAGGAGGAAAUUAGAAAUAAAUUUAAGUUCUACUAUGAUAGAUUCUCGGAGUACUUGCCAGAGUAUUAUGGAAAGAAGUAA